AAAAAAUGUCCAAAUAAUUAUUUGUAUUUAGAACGUAUUAUUUGUGUUAUUUUAAAUCCCAAUUUGAAAUUAGUUACAAAAAUUAUCGAUCAUUUGUUUGUUUGUCGUCUUAUCGAUCUUAUCGAAAUUAUUGCUUUAUCAAAACAAAAAAAUUGCUAACAUAAUUUAUGUUUAUUUCUAUGUAUUUUUCACAUUCUCUUUCGUACCAAAAACCAAAAACAAAAAAUCGAAAACCAAACCAUGGCUAAAAAUCUCGCACCACAAAAUUCUGUCGAAAUUCUUCACCCUGAACGUCUGUCUAUGUGCUCUCAUCUGUCUCUGUGUAAUGCUGAAAUUUCAUCCAAAUAUUUAAAAACCAAAAAAAUAUAUAUUUUUCGAAACAAACAAAAAAAAAACAAAAUCGUGUGAUCAUCGUUCAUCAUCAACCACCAAAAAUCAAAUGCCACGAAACAUGUUGCUGUAUCCGAAAUCGUCAAAAAAAAAACAAAAAACCAAAAUCCAAUUCCGGCGUCUGAAAUUGUCCUAACACCCAACAUUUCGUUUGUUCCACUCAAUUGGCCCGAAUUUGUAUUUUUGUUGUGAUUUUUAACUGCGUUGUAACCUGAAAAUUCAAAAUCCAAAACUACACACACAUAUCCACAUGCACCACCACUACCAACCAACCAACAAAUCUCACAAUCCACCCUACAUACUUCUCUCCACACCGAAAAAAAAAUCAAAAAACAAAAACAUUCAAACAACUCAAUAAUUGGCUCUACAAAAUCAAACAUGAUUAUCAAAAUCAAACCAAAAAACAGCUGGUGUAAGACCCAUGCCCCAGCCCUAUUAUCCUCCUGCCCCACUUCCGCACUAUUCCACGACAACACCACGUCAUCGUGAUUUAAGUUUGAAAUUGGAUCAGCAACAUUCGAAUUUGCGCGUUGGCGAAUCGACCGAGGUGGAGUGCUAUUCGUCCGAUAACAGCUAUACCGAUGUCGUUUGGGAACGGGCCGAUGGCAAACCACUGCCACUACACAUUAAGCAAAUUGGCAAUCGCCUGAUCAUCAACCAUGUAACACCCGACGAUGCCGGCAACUAUCUGUGCAAAUGCAAGACCGACGAGGGCGACCUCUACACCACCAGCUAUGAAUUGGCCAUUGAAGCCAACACCCAUGAAUGGAAACAUCCCAAAAUCGAACAUGCCGAGGUGGGUUCAGCUGUAAAACUGCACUGCGAUGCCGAAGAUGCUCACCUGUCGCCACACUACAGAUGGUCCCGCCAAUAUGGCCAGAUGCAAAUGGGCACGGAUAUUUUGAGUGACACCUUGAGUCUGCAAAAUGUCCAGGCCAAUGAUGCCGGUACCUAUGUGUGUACCGCCACCGCUCCCAAUGGAGAAUCUGUGGACUAUCCCACCAUCUUGGUUGUGACCGGUGCCAUACCCCACUUCCAUCAGGAACCCCUCAGCUAUAUGUCCUUCCCCACCCUCCGUGACUCCUAUGUGAAAUUCAAUUUUGACAUCACCUUCCGCCCCGAACAGGGUGAUGGUCUGCUACUCUUCAACGGCCAGAAGCGUGGAAACGGUGACUAUAUCUCCUUGUCCCUGAAUGACCAAUAUCCGGAAUUCCGUUUCGAUUUGGAUGGCAAGACCAUGAUUGUGCGUGGCGAACAAGCCUUGGCCCUCAAUGAGUGGCACACCAUUAGGGUACAUCGUUUCCGUCGCGAUGGCUACAUGCAGGUCGAUGGUGAACAUCCCAUUGCCUUCCCCACCUUGUCCGCCUCCUCAUCCUUGGAUUUGGCUGAAGAUUUGUAUUUGGGUGGUGUGCCCAGCUGGGAUAUUCUACCCGAAGAGGCCAUUGAACAGCAGGUUGGCUUUGCCGGUUGCAUCAGCCGCCUGACCCUGCAGGACAGCAUCAUUGAGCUGAUGAAAGAGGCUAAGAUGAAGGAAGGCAUUACCGCCUGCAAACCAUGUGACUCGAAUCCCUGCUCGAACAGCGGCAUUUGCCUGGAGAGUCAAACGGAAAUGGGUUACACCUGUGUUUGCCAACAGGGCUGGACUGGACGUCAUUGUGCCGUUGAGGGUACCCAAUGUACGCCCGGCAUCUGUGGUACCGGACGUUGUGAAAACACCGAAACCGGCAUGGAAUGCCUGUGUCCCCUGAACAAGACCGGAGAUCGUUGCCAGUACAUUGAACACCUGAACGAGAAUAGCUUGGCCUUCAAGAAGAACAGUUUCGCCGCCUAUGGUACCCCCCGGGCCUCCAAACUGAACAUCAAAUUCCAAGUUCGCCCCAAUAGUCUAGAGGAUGCCGUGCUCUUGUAUGCCGCCGAAUCUCGCCUGCCCAGCGGUGACUAUGUCGCGGUCGUCUUGCGCAACAAACAUGUCGAAUUGAUCAUCAACACCGGAGCUCGUUUGAAACCGGUCGUGGUGAGAUCCCUACAUCCUUUGCCCGCCAAUAAAUGGACUGAAAUUGAAAUUGCCCGUCGCUUCGGUGAGGGUAUUUUGCGUGUCGGCACCGAUCCCGAACAGAAGGCCAAGGCUGCUGGAGCUGCCAGAACUCUGUACAUCAAGACACCAAUGUAUGUUGGCGGUUUCGAUCAUGAAAAGAUUACCCUGAAUCGCGAUGUGAAUAUUACCCAAGGAUUUGAUGGCUGUAUAUCGAAUCUCUUUGAGGGACAACGCCAAUUGAAUCUGAUUGCCGAUAUCCAGGAUGCUGCCAAUAUUCAAAACUGUGGUGAAAUCAAUGAAAUCGAACAGAACGAAACCUUUGACCACGAUGUCGAACAAAAUGCCUGCUCCAGUGACCCGUGUGAAAAUGGCGGGACCUGUGUUGUGGAAAACGACGAGGCUGUGUGUCUGUGUAACAUAGGCUUUGCCGGCAAACAUUGUGAAGAUCAUAUUUCCCUACAAUUCGAUGCCAAUUUCCAUGGCAAUGGCUAUUUGGAAUUGAAUCGUUCACAGUUCGAUGAAAAUGUUGAGCAAAAAUUCUCCAGUGCUGCCAUGGUAUUCUCCACAACCGCUCCGGAUGGUCUCUUGCUGUGGUGGGGCCAGCCCAAGGGCGAAGCCUAUACCGGCCAAGAUUUCAUGGCCGUGGCCAUUGUUGAUGGCAUUGCCGAAUUUGCAUUCCGUUUGAAUGGUGAAGAGAAGGUCAUUCGCAAUCCCGACAAGCGUGUGGAUGAUGGUAUACGCCAUAUUCUCUUGAUUAAACGUACCGACAAUACCGCCAUCUUGGAGCUGGAUCAUAUUCUGUAUGCCGAUGAGACCAAGGAUACUGGUAAAGAUACCAUGAGCCUGCCAGGUCAUGUGUUUAUUGGUGGCGCUCCCAAUCUGGAAUCAUUUACUGGUGGCCGUUACAAACAUCACUUCAACGGCUGUGUACGAGUUGUGGAAGGCGAAGCCAGCGGCAUCAUAGAAGUAGGCAAGGUAGCAAUAAGCGGUAAUAACGUCGACACCUGUCCAAAUGCGGAUGAGGAUGUUGAUUUCGAUGGUACCGAGCCCCCAGUCGUUUAAUAGUUUUUUUAGUUAAAAAAAAUUAUUAUUUAAAACAUUUUUCUUAAAAAACCCCCCCAAACUUGGAUUAUACUGCACUUUUGCAACAACCACACAAAAAAAAAAAAAAACAAAAACCAAACUAUGAAAAAUCUAACUCAAAAUCAAAAUUUCAAAAAAAAAAAAAACAACACACUAAUUUAGUUUCUUUUUUUACAAAAUAAAAAAUAAAAAACUAAAUAUUAAGCCAAAACUAACGUAAUGAAAAACAAAAACAACAAGAAAAUAAUUUUUAAACAAACAACAAAAACGAAUCCAGAUGUGUCAUAUUUUUAAAUUUAAGUGAGUGAAGAUGACGACGAAGAAGAAGAAAAAAAGAAUAACAUAUCGCGCCAAAACCUUACGACGAACGAACAAACCUAACUAUGGAUAAUGCACAAUAACAAAGAAAAAUCAAAGAAAACUCCGAAACACGCUUAAGACAAUGCAAUUCCUGGAAAAUUACAAAAUUC